CGUGAUCUGCCAUAACAAAUUUCAGGAAAACAAUCGACGUUCGCGGGAGCAUAAACUGUGGUGAUUUGUUAGGUGUUACUUUCAGUAGUUAAUUGUUGUCUGCAACUUUGCUUUGUUGCAUUUUCAAAGCAGGCUUCUUGCAAACCUCCUUAGAGUUAUAUUCGCCACCGUUAGUGCUGUCACACGAAGAAUUUGAAGUGAAAAUGGCUGUGCAAGCACAAUUCCAAAAUGGCGAAGUGGAGGCCAUGCAGAUGAACGGGGUAAUUGAAGAAGAUAUUGAGCUGGAUGAAGAAGUUGACAGCUCCCAACAAGUUGUUGCAACUGCUAGGAAAGUUAAACGCAUUCAUCGCUCUAGUUCUGGAUCGGAGUCAUCGAACUCUAACCACGCAGUAGAAAAAAAUCUGUCGGGUCCUUUGCAAGUUAGAAAAAAUAGCAGAAAGUCCCGAGACGGGAAAGGACGAGGCUUGCCUAAAAAAGGAGGUGCAGGGGGCAAAGGCACUUGGGGUGCCCCAGGGGAUGAGUUGUUUGAGGAUGGUCAUUGCAGAGAUGUCAAGGACCCUAACUAUGACUCAGAAAGUGAAGAUGAAUAUGUUGUGGAUGUGAUAAAGCCCAAAAUUGGAUUAGAAGAAUUUACCCAAAUUUUAGAACCUGUUUUGUUGGAAUACUAUGAUACUGGUAAUACGGAAGAAGUUGUUAGGACAAUCAACGAAUUGGACGUCAAUGCGAAAGUGUCUCAGAUUUUGGAAAUAGCCAUCAGUAAAGCUCUGGAUCACAAAGCAGCUCAUCGAGAAAUGACCUCCGUCCUGAUCUCAGAUUUAUACGGCAAAAUCCUGUCUUCCCAGGACGUAAUGAGUGGAUUUGAUGCAAUUCUGGAUAACUUGGCAGAAUUGACUAUCGAUACUCCUGAAGCACCAUCAGUGAUUGGGCAGUUUAUUGCCAGAGCAAUAGCUGAUGACUGCAUUGCACCCAAGUAUGUGAUGAAAUUCAAAGGCACAGUUGAUGAUGAGCAUAAACAGGCAGCAUUAGACAAAGCUGAGCUCCUCCUCAGCAGAAAGCACGGAAUUGUUCGAUUGGACAACAUUUGGGGCACCGGUGGGGGAAUUAGACCAGUUAAAUACCUUGUAAAACAGAUGGUAUUGCUGUUGAAGGAGUUCCUAUCCUCAGGUGACGUUGCGGAGGCGACCAGGUGUUUACAGGAGCUAGAAGUCCCACACUUUCAUCAUGAACUGGUUUAUGAGGCAACAGUGAUGGUACUGGAAGACUCUUCUGAACGGGCAGCUCACAGAAUGUGUGAUUUACUGAAAUCUCUCAGCGAUGCAGUGAUUAUCACACCAGAACAAAUGUCUCAGGGAUUUAGACGAGUGUAUGAUGCCUUACCAGACAUAAGUCUAGACGUUCCAUCUGCUUACACUCUGAUGGAGCGGUUUGCGCAAAUGUGUCACAGAGAUGGUGUUAUUUCCACAGCCCUGUUCAGAGAAAUGCCUCAAAGAGGAAGGAAGAGAUUUGUGUCUGAGGGCGAUGGUGGAAAAAUCAAGGAAGCUGUGUAACUGCUCACUCCUCAUUGCUGGGAUCCAUGACCUUGUAUCUCCAUUAGCAAAUGCCAAGGGACACAACCAAUUCAUACCAGAUGUAGACUUGUGUGUUAUGUAUAAGUAACUAACUUCAUGAAACUCUCUCAGUGAUUCUGUGCUAGCGCAGCCAUCAUUAUUUUCUCGGAACUGCGCAAUAAAUAAACCAGGUGAUGGAUUUCUUGACAAUAAGAGGAUAAAAAGUAAUAAUCAAAGUGCUAAGGUAUUACUACAUGCUAGAAAAAUAAGUCCCAGACUAACUGAAUGUUGAUGGUGAAUGUUAGACUUUGGAUUAUUUUUUUUAUAUUUUGUCGGUACAUUGUAGCUUAUUAAAGAGUUUGAUCCAUAAAGUGAAGCUUGACCCAUUUUUUUUAAUGCUGAUUUAUGGAUCAAGAUCUUUACACAAGUUACAUGUAUCUUUAUUCCUUUAUAGGUUUAAAUCAAUUACCAUGCAUUUCAGCGCUUUCAUAUCAAAUUCUUGUGAGUGGUUCAUUUUAAUGUUCAUUUUGUAUAUACUUGUUUUUUUCACAACAUUUUAUAGUGCUGGGUUUUGAUGUGAUUUAAUUGUAAGGAUGAAUUCAGAAGGGCAUUUACUGUUUGAUUUGUCAGAUUAGAAGUCUAGUUGCAUCAAUCUGAGUAAAUAACCAUGUAGCACCUGUUAAUUAUUUAGGUCGGUAAAUCUUGAAAAUGUGUAUAAAAAUCAAUCAUAUAAUGAUAAUUGCACGAAUUGAUAUUUAUGUGAAUUUUAAAGGCAUUUGCUUGAACUGAUUUGAUUUAAAGCUGCAUCAACUGAAUUUUCCCAUUCAGACUGACUAAAUGUCCUAUAUUACAUGAUCCUCUCUCUCUGAUUUACAAAGUUUCUGUGUUCAUUUGACUCCCUCACAUCUUAAUUUCUAGUCUUAUUCAUUUUCUGCCAUUUUUAAUUUUCUCAUCCUUUUAACUGGACCAGUAGGGUUGAAAGAAGGUUAGUGGAAAAUGAUUUUCUAUUAAUUUUGAUCAUUUUGUAAGGGGGUUUCUAUAUUCUCUCCUCACCCCCCCCUUUCUUCAACAUGGAUGUCCAAUUACCUCAAAUGUUUUAUGCAUUUCAAAUUAACAGCAACAUGUAUGUAAAAUUUAUCUCAUUAGAUUGUGUUGUGUUGGGGGAUUAAAUACAUGACAAGAUUUUCCUGUAAUAUUUCAGUGCAGAAUCAACUUGAUGCCCUAUCAUAAUUUAAUUCCAAAUAUUUAUUUGUAAUAUAUGACGCAUCAUAUUUGUGCAAUCUUGGCAUAUCACAUAUCAAUAUAAGUUUUGCUUUAAGGCUACUUUCCCUUUAAAAAAACCCCCAAAUUUCCAAAGUGUAAUAUUGACUGUAAAUGACAACAUCUUUACAUAUAAUGGGUUUGUGAAUACUCUGUAUGUACUUAAUAUAUUAUAUUGUACAAGUUUAACUUUCUUUUCAAGAAUCCUUUUUCCAUGAUCAUUUGUAGUGGUAUUUUAACAAGUUUGGUGCAACUAUUCAUUUGUUACACUGUUUAAACAUCUGCACUAAGUGUCAGACAAAUAAAAAAUGUAAAAAAUA